AUGUCCGCCCACCAAAUAGUCGUAAUCGGCUCCUCCUUCGCUGGCAACCUCAUCACCGCCAACCUGCUGAAGGACAUUAUCCCAGCCACCAGCGGCAAGACCUUCAAAGUCAUCCAAAUCGCACCCACCGACGAGUUCUACUUCAAGAUCGGCGCCCCUCGAACACUCAUCAACCCCCAAUCCCUCCCUCUCGAGAAGUCGUUGGUCAGCGUGCUCCCGCACUUUGAGAAAUAUGGCGCCGAGAAAUACCAGUUCAUCAAGGCGUUUGUUAAGAGCAUUGAGCCUGCGAGCAAGACCUUGAAGCUGAGUACUGGCGAGGAGGUGAAGUACGACUCACUUAUUAUCGCCUCUGGCACGAUCUUCAACAAUAACCUAUGGUCCACGGCACGCGGCUCAGAGCCGUUGAGGGCGGAGCUCGCGGAGCUACACAAGAAGCUGCCGGAGGCGAAGACGAUCGUCAUAGGUGGCGGUGGUCCCGCUGGGAUCGAGACCGCGGGCGAGCUGGGGGAUCUGUACGGCUCGAAGAAGGAUAUCACGUUGUAUUCCGGCGCGAAGCAGUUGCUUAAUGCGUUAGGGAACAAGAACAUGGGCACGGAUGCCGAAAGUCGACUCGUCAAGCAGGGGAUCAAAGUCGUGCACGGUAUUCAGAUCACCUCGCAGCGAUCGGAAGGUGGGAAGGAUGUGAUUGAGUUGAGCAAUGGCGAGACGAAGACGGUGGACAUCUACAUCGGAGCUGUAGGCGACAAGCCCAGCACCGACUUCGUGCCCACGGAGUGGCUGAACGAGAAGAAGUUUGUGAAGGCGGAUGGCAAGACGAUGAGGGUUGAGGGUGCGCCGGGCGUGUAUGCGUAUGGUUCGGCGGCGAGCUACUCGAACGGGAGCAUUAUGGAUGUGUUUAUGGCGAAGAAGGCGUUCAUUGAGACAUUGAAGAACGAUCUGGCUGGGAAAGAGCCCGCCUCGCGUACGAACAACGUCUACAAGAAGGUCCAGUCCGAUAUGCAGUUCGUGCCCAUUGGGUCUACACAGGGCGUUGGGAUUGCCUUUGGCUGGAAGAUCCCGAGCUUCAUGGUCAGGAUGGCGAAGGCGAAGGAUUUCAUGAUUGGUCAGUUUCCGAAGUAUCUGGAGGGUACUGCAUAG